AUGGCUGACGCUUUGAAAGCCGAGGGCAACAAGGCCUUCUCGGCCAAGGACUACCCGACUGCUAUUGAGAAGUUCACUCAAGCUAUCGCAAUCGAAUCCGAAAAUCACAUCCUCUACUCUAACCGUUCCGCUGUUUACGCUGCCCAAGCCGAGUACCAAAAAGCUUUGGAAGAUGCCGAGAAGGCGAUCAGUAUCAAGCCCGACUGGUCCAAGGGCUAUGCCCGUAAGGGAGCUGCCUACAAGGGUCUGGGAGACCUCCUGGCCGCCCAUGACGCAUACGAGGAGGCAUUGAAGAUCGAGCCCGAGAACGCCCAGGCCAAGUCAGGAAUGAGCGCCGUUCAGCGCGCCAUCAAUGCCGAGGCCACCGCCGACGGUGUUGAGGGAGACCCCAGCGCUGGUCUCGGAGGCAUGUUCAACGACCCGGGCCUGUACCAGAAGCUGGCCAGCAACCCCAAGACCGCUCCCCUGCUUGCCGAUGCCGAAUUCAUGGCCAAGCUGAAGAAGAUUCAACAGAACCCCAACAGUGUCGGAGAGGAGAUCCGCGACCCGCGUUUCCUGCAGGUGAUGAGUGUGCUACUUGGAAUUGAUAUGAACUUCGGUGAGGGUGGUCCUUCCGGCGCCCAGGACACCCCCAUGCCUGAUGCCAAGCCUGCUCCGCCGCCGCAGCCCAAGAAGGAGCCUACUCCUGAGCCGGAGGAUGAGGAGACCAUCGCCAAGAAGAAGGCCCAUGAGGCUGGUGAUGCGGAGAAGAAGAUUGGUAACGACUUCUACAAGCAGAAGCAGUUCGACCAGGCCAUUGAACACUACGAGAAGGCGUGGGAGCUACACAAGGACAUCACCUACCUGAACAACCUUGGUGCUGCCAAGUUCGAGAAGGGUGAUUACCAGGGCGCCAUUGAGAGCUGCCAGACGGCCGUGGAGGAGGGCCGUGAGCUGCGUGCUGACUUCAAGACCAUUGCCAAGGCCUACACUCGCAUCGGCAGUGCCUACGAGAAGCUGGGUGACCUCACUCAGGCCAUUGAGUUCUACCACAAGUCUCUUACCGAGCACCGCACACCCGAGGCCUUGGCCAAGAUGCGCGCCGCCGAGAAGACCAAGCUUACCAACGAGAAGAACGCCUAUAUCGAUCCCGCCGAGGCUGAGAAGGCCCGUGAGCUUGGUCAGCAGAAAUUCCAGGAGGCUGACUGGCCUGCUGCCGUGGACGCUUUCACCGAGAUGACCAAGCGUGCUCCCACCGAUCCUCGUGGUUACUCAAACCGCGCCGCCGCCCUUAUCAAGCUGAUGGCGUUCCCUCAGGCCGUCCAGGACUGCGACGAGGCCAUUCGUCUUGACCCCAAAUUCAUUCGUGCUUACAUGCGCAAGGGCCAGGCCCUUAUCGCUAUGAAGGAAUUCAACCGUGCUCUGGACACCUUCACCGAGGCUGCCGAGCACGAUGACGGCAGCAACCGACGUGAGAUCGAGCAGAACCAGCAGAAGUGUCUGGAUGCACAGUUCAGCGCCCGUGCUGGUGAGACCGAGGAGCAGACUUCGGCUCGCAUCCAGAAUGACCCCGAGAUCAUGUCUAUCCUUCAGGAUCCUGUCAUGCAGAGCAUCCUCCAGCAAGCUAAGACUGACCCAGCUGCGCUGCAGGAGCACAUGCAGAACGCCCAGGUGCGCAUGAAAAUCCAGAAGCUGAUGGCUGCUGGUGUGAUCCGCAUGGGUCGGUAA